GCCGCGCCGCGGGAGCCCGUCGGCCCGGGCGCUGCACGGCUUCCGGUCCGGGUGCUUGCGAGCCGCCGCUCCGCUGCUCCGAGUUCGCCCGUCGGGCCUCGGUCUUCUCCCUGGGAAAUCCUGCGAGAUGGAUUUUAAAAUCGAACAUACUUGGGAUGGUUUUCCAGUGAAGCAUGAGCCGGCAUUUGUCAGGCUGAAUCCAGGUGAGGGAGGGGUGAUGGUGGAAGUCAGUGCCCCAUUUUUCAACGAUCCUCCAGCCCCACUUGGAGAACCAGGAAAGCCUUUCAAUGGACUGUGGGAUUAUGAAGUCAUGGAAGUAUUUUUCUUGAAUGAUGUAACUGAACAGUAUUUAGAAGUUGAGCUUUGUCCCCAUGGGCAGCAUUUAGUGCUUCUACUCUCUGGAAGAAGAAAUGUGUGGAAACAAGAACUUACUUUAUCUUUCAAAGUGUCCAGAGGUGAGACAAAAUGGGAAGGCAGAGCUUAUCUUCCUUGGAGCUAUUUUCCACCAAAUGUGACAAAAUUUAACGCAUUUGCAAUUCAUGGAUCAAAGGAAAAAAGAAGUUAUGAAGCCCUUUAUCCCGUACCUCAGCAUGAACUGCAGCAAGGACAGAAACCUGACUUCCAUCGUCUAGAAUAUUUCAAGCCUUUCACUUUUAACACACUGUUUGGAAAAGAAUGGAGACAACCAGAAUCAGACCUGUGGCUAAUAGAGAAACCUGACGUACAGGCGUACAAUCAAUAAUUAUAUCAGUCAUUGUUCCUCUAUACCUUUUAAGUUUUCGGUGGACACAACAUCUUUGUUUGUAUGUGGUGCUGAGGAUCGAACCCGGGCCGCACGCACACCAGGCGAGCGCGCUACCGCUUGAGCCACAUCCCCAGCCUUGCCAACAUUUACUAUUGUGUUCUUGAUAAUUGCCAUUCUGACUAGGGUGAGAUGAAAUCAUGGAGUAGUUUUAAUUUGCAUUUCUCUAAUUGCUAAAGAUGUUGAACAUUUUUUCAUGUACUUGUUGAUCAAUUGUGUUUCUUCUUCUUUGAAGUGUCUGUUCAGUUCCUUAGCCCAUUUAUUGAUUGGGUUAUUGGGUUUUUUUUUUUUUUAGUGUUACAUUUUUUUAGUUCAUUAUAUAUCCUGGAGAUUACUGCCCUGUCUGAGGUGCAUGUGGCAAAGAUUUCCUCCCAUUCUGUAGGCUUUCUCUUCAUAUCUCAAUUGUUUCCUUUGCAGAGAAGCAGCUUUUUAGUUUGAGGCCAUUCCAUUUAUUGACUCUUGAUUUUACUUCUUGCACUUUCGGAGUCUUGUGAAGGAAGUCAGCUCCUAAGCUGACAUGGUGAAGAAUUGGGCCUGUUUUUUCUUCUGUAAGGCACAGGAUCUCUGUUCUAGUGCCUAAGUCUUUGAUCCACUUAGAGUUGAGUUUUCUGCAGGGUGAAAAUAGGGGUUUAAUUUCAUUCUGUCACGUGUGGCUUUCCAAUUUUUCCAGCACCAUUUGUUGAAUAGGCUAUCUUUUCUCCAGUAAAUGUUUUGUACCAUUGGCCUAUGUGUCAGUUUUGGUGGCAAUACUAUGCCGUUUUUGUUACUAUAGCUCUGUAGUAUAGUUUAAGGUCUAUUGUUGUGAUUCCUCCUGCUUCACUCUUCUUGCUAAGGAUUACUUUGGCUAUUCUGGGUCUCUUAUUUUUGAAAAUGAAUUUCAUGAUUGCUUUUAUUCUGAUUCUAUGAAGAAUGUCAUUAGGAUUUUAAUAGGAAUUGCGUUGAAUCUGUAUAAUGCUUUUGGUAGUAUGGCCAUUUUGACAAUAUUAAUUCUGCCUAUCCAGGGGCAUGGUAGGUAUUACCAUCUUCUCAGGUCUUAUUUAAUUUCUUUCUUUAGUGUUCUAUAGUUUUCAUUGUAGAGGUCUUUGCAGGUAAAUGGAUGGAGCUGGAGGAUAUCAUGCUAAGCAAAAUAAGCCAAUUCCCAAAAACCAAAGGCCAAAUGUUUUCUCUGAUAUGCAGAUGCUAAUUUACAAUAGGUGGGGAUGAAGAAUAGAGGUACUUUGAACUAGGCAGAGGGAAGUGAAGGGAGGGGAGUGGAUGUGGGGAUAGGAAGAACAGUAAAAUGAACUAGACAUUAUUAUUCUAUGUACAUAUAUAAACAUAUGACUGGUGGGAUUCUACAUCAUGUACAGUCAGAAGCAUGAGAAAUUAUACUCCAUCUCUGUAUGAUUUAUCAAAGUACAUUCUACUGUCAUGUAUAACUAAUCAGAACAAAUAAAAAUAAAUAAAGAAGUCCUGAUACAUGUAACAACCUAAAUGAAGCUCAAAAGUUUUAUAGAACAAAAUAACCCAGAAUAACAUACUAUAUAAUUUUUAUUGUUAAGAUCAAUUAUAGUAAAACUAGCAUAUGGUGAUUGAUAUUAGAAUGAUGAUUCCUGUGGGUGAGAGCAGGAAUUCAGUUUGCCUGGAAGAGGAGUACAAGGGAAUGAUCUGGUAUGAUUGUGGUGUUUUACAUAAUUUUGUCAGCAUAUGGCUGCAUAAAUUUGUCAGCAUUUCUUAGAUGUAUAUUUAAAUUUGUGAUGUUUAUUUAAAAUAUGCCUUAAUAAAAUAAAAUAAGCUGGAAAUUAAAUAGUUAACGUUAGGUUUAUUUGAGUUUAUAUUCAUCCAUUGAACAGUUACUGGUGCUAGUUAAAUAUGGUUCAGCAAUUCCUUCUUUUCAUUUAUUAAAUAUGUUCUCUAUCUGCAAAGAGAACUGGUGUGACAUAAAUGCUGACUUUUCCAAAAGGAAUCUUUAAGUGUCUUUGUGACCACCUAUCCUGGUGGCAGUGUUAGGCAUCUUAGAUGAAUUCAGAAAAUGAUUUUAAAAUCGAUAAUAGCAACUAAGGUGUUUGAUAUAGUAACUGUCUGCCAGUUUCGGAUAGAAAAGGUCUAUUUAAAAUAAUGUCAGUUGAUUAAUUUAUAAAUCACUGGAAAUCAUUUUAUAAAGAAUAUAAAGCUAUUGAAAUGAAAAAAAUAAGACAGUAUCCUGAUUUUAGAAGUGAAUCCAUCACUUUGAAUCAUAGCUUCAGAUAUUAAGCAUAACUACUUAUAUAUUUGGAAAAAUAAAGCACAAAUACAGAUAGUCAUACCCAUACAAAGUAUUGAAUUUGAAUAUUAUGGUUUGUGAGGUUUCUGAAGCUAUUCACCUAUUUCUUUUAUCUAAGAUGUUUUUAAAACAUAUGGAUAAGAAAUAUUUUUCUUUUUCCAAUACCAAGCAAGCAAAAAAUAUAUAUAAAUAUUUUCUUUUGUAAGGAACACUACAUUCAACCACAGAAUUUUGGAAAGUUUGUCCAUUAGUCAGAAACAAAUAAUGUACUGUAUAGAAACUCGAUAUUUGAAAAUGGGUAUUAGUAAUAGCUGUUUCAAAUUUGUUUUUCAAUUUCAGGACCAUGAAAGAAUAAUCAUUCCUUUGUUUAAAAUAUGCACAAACGCAUUUCCUUGCACUAUUCUGAAUUGUUCUCUGCAGCAGAAGCAGUCUCUCUUGUCACCACCUGAAUAGAUUACACAGUGUGUAUUUAUUCAGGUGCUUUCUUGUGCUUUUCCCCAACUCCAAUAAAGUAUAAGUCACAGUCCAGAGAGAAAUAUGCCUUUUUAUUUUUAGUUUCAAACUACUUUUUUUUAACAUUGUAAUAUUUUUGCCACAGAAAACCAUUUGAUCAUUCCUCCUCCUCUUCUGCCCCUUCUCCUCUUUCUCUCCCCCUCCUCCUACUAGUACUCCAACUCCCCAUCCCCCCUCCUCCUCCUUUGAAUGUUAGGCUUUGUGGGAACAGAGGAUAAUGAAUAAACUUAAUCUGAUAUUCAAAAAGGAAAAGUAGCAGUAACUGGGUGGAGCAGUUGCAGUGAGCCCCCAGGACUUUGACUCACACCUUGAAGCCCAAGGAUUGUCCCUUCUUUCCCAUCUGAGUUCCCACAGUGUUUUACACGUUGCUCUACAGCACUUACCUGCCACGCAUUGGAAGGCUCUUCCCGUCUUCUCAGCCUUUUCCUCCAGAAACCAAUUGCACACUGUGAACGGACAGGCAGCUGCCUGGGCUGCCCAGUGCAUCCCCUGCUUCCUGCCCCCAGGGCCUCUCUACUACAUGGACCUCCUGCUGGAGUCCACUUGGCUAUUCUCACACAUGAGCUGCUCAUGGCAUACAAAAGAGCUUGCACCACAGGGCAACUCCUGACCAAGGAUGAGAACGGACACAUUCUUCUCUUUUUCCUUCCUCUGAUUGACAACACUGAGGUCCCUUCCCACAUCUAAAAGCACACCUUGCAUUGUCUUUCCCUCAUUUUUAUCAUUUCCCAUUUUCUCUUCCCAGCCUCCCUCCUGUUUGGAAUUACUUAGCCAAAAUCAACAUCUGUGCAAGCCAUUGUCCCUGGUUUGUUUUAUGGAGAAUCCAGGCUAAGUUGAUUGAUACCUAAACUGACUCUCGAAAGCAGCCCAUCAAGGUGGGAAUCUGGGAUGGUAGUACCCAGUGUACUUGGUGGGAAGGUCUCCAUUUCUGGUGGUAAUGAGCCUGGUGGGGUCACAUGGCAGUUACUGAGACUCCCGUUGGGUAGAAGACUGGCUCGAGGUGCAGGCGAGGUGCCCAUUGAGGUGAAACAUGAGCGUCUGUGACAGGUAGCACUUGGCAUAGAGGCAGUAGGAAGAGUAAGGACUGUGGAGUUGCCUGACUUCUGAAAAAGGCUUUAGAAGCCUUGAAAAAAAAGGCGCCAACGACAAGCUGCUGGCCCACUGUGAGAGCUGCAUGGCGGCAUUCAAAGGAACCCUGGUUUCUAGCAGCUGCAGGGCAGGCUAAGGGACACUGCUCUCCAGGUUUAAUGGUAAAAGUAGCUACGAUCGCUUAACCUUGGCAGGUUUCCUGCGUUGAAGUGGGGGCUUUAUAAGCCUGAGACCUGGGAUGGGAUGUUUGUGUGAAUGAGCCUGUUAUAACGUAUCUUGAAUCCCAGACACUUGUGUGCUCUCUGCAGUAGCAGAGAAGCUCCAUUAACUCUUUUUAUUAUUAUUGUUAUUAUUUUUUGGAGGUGAUUACCCUCAAACUUGAUGGCGAGGGCCCUAUUGAUAGGUCAUAUAUUGUUGUGAAUUAUCAAGUUAUACUAAGAUGUACCUAGAAGCACCACAAAAGUAACCUGAGGCGGGUUUUGCAUAAAUAAUGCUCUUCUCUUCAAAUAUGGCUUCAACUCUCUCAUUUCCUCAAUUUGAAUUCCCUGAAUUAUGGAAGAGCCUUUGUUAGCAGAUCUGGGAGCCUACUUAAUCCUUCACUUAUACUCUAGAGAAUUAUCCUUAAGGACAAAUAUUUAAGAAUUCCUGACGGAUGGUUUCACUGGUUAGUUAUGGGCAAAAUCUGAAGUUGGGAGGCAAGGAAGUCUGGAAAAGAGACCUGUGGAUGAACUUAAGGCAAUGAGCAGAAAUCACAGGUAUUAAUGUAAUGUCUUACAUUAAUUCCCACUAAAGAAAAUCCACUAUAGAGGAGGCCCUCAACCAGGUAGACAAAGUGACUUAACCUCUGUCCUUGGCUACCAUAAGUUUGCACAGUUAACUAUGGUGACUGGGCUAGAAUCUGUGAACAGGCCCAAUAGUAUAUAUUCCUGAUUGCUGUGCUAGUUAGUGCUAGAUGCUCGAAUUCAUGAUAGCCCAGACUAAUGCUGAGACAUUGAUAUGAUACUGACCCUUGAGGACACUUGCGAGGUACUUGGUUGCACAUUGAUUUUAUCAGGCUUUUAUUUGAGGAAGACAUCAAUUCAUCUGCUCUGUGUCAACACCUACACCACACUUGGAUUUUCUUUCCAUGCCUACAAUGCCUUUGCCAACACCACCAAGUCAAAGCUUAGAGACUGCUGAUCUACUGGUGUGGGAUCCUAUUAUAGCUUCGCCUCAGACCAAUUGGCCUGUUGAUGGCAGGUAAGAAAAUAGGUGUAUAAGAAGAUCUACACAUCUUACUAUAUUUGUGUCACCUGGAAACAGCUAACCCGAUAGAGUGAUGAAAUGGCUUAUUAAAGGCUAAGUACACACUUAAGGAAGUUCCCUGUAAAGGGGGCCACUGAGCCAAAUAUCCGGGAACCAGGAAAUUGGUACUCCUCUACCUCACUCACAGUGACGCAGCCAUUGGUUCUUCUGGAUUAAAAGUAGGGUGGGAAGUAGCCCACUACAGGACCCAGGAAAUGUUCCGCUGGAUCAGAAACUAUGAAAACCGCCUAGUCACAGUGACUCUUUGUGUCAACAACUCAGUAGGCAAAUAGAGCCAUGAUAUUGGGGGAGAUUGCUGAUGCUGUCUAGCAUGAAGAACUAGAGUUAUAGCUAUUAAUGUUGGCAGGAUAGAAUGUGCCCUUCGUAGGGGCUUUAUUAGGGCAUAUCUGUGCCUCAGGAUCAAGUCAUAACAUUAAAUAGACAACUAUAGCGACCAAAGCCAGACAAGGUAAAGCAACCAAUGACUCUGACCCUGACCAUGACGGUCUAGGUUUUACCUCUCCAAAAACUGGGACCCACUGAAGAGCUUGCAGUAGAACUUGUGGUAGGAAAGAGAGAUGGUAAGUAUCAGUGAUAACCCUAAGAGCUACUUCCACUGCAUUCAUUGCAUUGAGUCUUGAAUGCAAGCUAGCCACCACCUUGAAGAUUGUGACAGACUGGACUCAGUAUGGAAGCUGUGUGACUCUGAAUGCUGCACAGAGUGGAUUAUACUGGAUACACCUCCUGUGUUCCACCUCAUGUCCAUCAGGCCAUUUUUAAGUCCAGCAAUUUCACAUUCCCUCUCUUGUACCAAGUAUCUCUUGUUUUCUCUCUCAGUGUUUUUCUGACACCCCCUGCCAUAUGGAACACCUGCAGAAAUAUUAUAAUUUAUUUUGACAGGUUAAACCUGGAAGUUUGAGGAAUUAAUAUUCUUGGGCAACGGGAACAGGGAUCAGUGAAUAAAUACCUCCCUCUUCUACCCUUUGGGCAGAUCAUUCUGAGGUAUGUUCCAUACAUUUCCCCAUUAGUGCCUGGUGAACGGAGCUUUAGUUGUCUGCAGCAGUGACUUGCUUUAAUUGUACAACCUUAGAUGCCAUAUUUAAUUUCUUUGAGGUUCAAAUUCAUAUCUCUUAGAAUCUCAUUUCAAAAUUAGUGAAUUGCACAUAGAUUGGGGUAUUUUUUUUUUUUUUUUGCUUAGAAAAAAACAACCCUGAAAGAAUCCAACUUAAGUUUCUUUCAAGUCUAAGAGGUAGCAUUUGCAUUUGAUAGGAAUAUGUUUGCCUUAUGAAUCUUUUAAUUAAGAUCAAUCUCAUAUAUAAUGAAUUAUACAUAUAUGCACACAUGUGUAUAUAUAUAUAUAUAUAUAUAUAUAUAUAUAUAUAUAUAUACACACACACACACACAUAAUUUUGUUAACUCAUCUUUUUUGUGCUCUACCCAUUUUCUGAUCACUUCUUGUCCUAAUUCUACUUGGAAAGAGCAGAACUUAUAAAAUCGACUAUCAAAACCAUUUAUUUUCACCAACUAUCAUUUAUCAUAUAAGGAAUAGUAAAAGGAGUUCCCCCAGGCUAGGAUAAGAGAUGCAUGAGGCAUAUAGGAAACCAGAAGUCAUGAAUCUAUGAGAAGUGAGGAAGCCAGGCACAGUGGUGCAUGCUGUAAUCCCAGCGACUCGGGAGCCUGAGGCAGGAGGAUGGCAAGUUCAAACCCAGCCUCAUCAACUUAGCGAGGCCCUAAACAAUUCAGUGAGACUCUGUCUCUGAUGAAAUAUAAACAAGGGCUGGAGAUGUGGAAGUGGCUUGGUGGUAAGCUCCCCUGAGUUUAAUCCCUGGUAUCAAAAUAAAUAAAUAAAUAAAUAAAAAACAUGAAGAGUGUCUGUACAAAUUUUAUUUUAUGAUCUUGUGAUAAACAUCCAGUAAUAAAAAUUCUCUAUGUAAUGAGAUCCAAUCUAAUAAUAAAAUGGAGAAAGGAAAUAUUGUGAAAUGACGUUUCACUUAACCAUUUGUUUGAAUAAUAAUAAAGUAAUAUAUAGUUAUA